AUGUCCUUCUUUCUCAAGAUACAGAUGCCAGUGGACAGAAUAUCUAGAUGUGCUACGUCGCAUGCUGCCAACUGCUCUGUCGUCGUGGAUGAGUUGGAUCCACGCCCUGCAAAAGUUGGUUGGUACUACGGACCAAAUCGUUUCAAGCAGAACACAACAGGUCUGUACAAUUGUCUGCAGCGGAUGCAUUCGGUUGGAGGAGACACAUUUCUCUUCUGGGAGUUUGGCAGAUGCCAGGUGCAGUCCUGCGGCUCAGCCGACGCCUUGCAACGUGGACAGGGCGCUGAAGGUCAAGGUCCCUUGGGCACCUUUGAUUUGUGGUCGCGGUUUUGUGACAAGUCAAGGCCCGACUUGGUCGCCGUGCAUUUGUUCGAGUGGACUUGGCCUGAUAUUGGAAACGAAUGCGAGCAGCAACUCGGGCCAGCUGGAUUCAAUGCUGUUCAGGUCUCGCCCCCGUCCGAGCACAUCCUUGGCGACUCUUGGGCCACACGGUAUCAGCCUGUGUCCUACCAAUUGUACUCGCGCAGCGGAACAUACGAUGAAUUUACAGAGAUGGUGAGAAGGUGUCGGGCUGCUGGUGUCAACGUCAUGGUAGAUGCCGUGCUGAACCAUAUGGCUGGACCGUUUGUGUUUUCGCCUGAGAAGGAUCGUGGCAAGGCUUGUGGGCAAUCUGCUGAUACCAAGAAGGAAUCCACGGCCAAGUGCCUGGGCUGGAUGUCAACUGAGUACGGCAACAGGCAGUACUUGCAAGGCCGCGCAGGCAUCGACAAGUACGUGCGAUCGCAGUUCCAUCACUAUCCAGACAAUGAGCGUGCCAACUGCGGCUUGCCACCUUGGACGAACAACAAGCGCCUUUGCGACAUGUACGGCUUGCCAGACCUCAACACAGAGGACAAGUCUGUUCAAGCUCAGCUGGGUGCCUUCCUUUUUGAACUGCUGGAGAUUGGGGUGACGAUGCUUCGUAUAGAUGCUGCGAUGAACAUUUAUCCAGAAUCGCUGGCAGAAGUCAUUCUUCCGUUUCCUUGGGAGUAUGUGGUGCAGGAGUACUAUCCGGAUAUGAUCUACGACAAAGAAACCCGCGAGAAGGCCAUGGCAAUCGGUGCUACGACCGACUUCAACUUCGGACAACGUGUUGCUGAGUCGCUAUUUGACAGUGGCUUCAAGGAGAAGUGGUCCAACAGGUCUGAUCAUUUUGGCGAACUUAUGCAGCUUCAAGCCCAGCGUUUCAGUGGAUGCGCGUAUCGCAUAUGUGAAUCGCCAUAUCCAACUGAUGGUGCUUUGAUCUUUCUGGACAACCAUGAUCAACAGCGAGAACGCUGGAAGCCUGAGGUGCCUGGUCAGCCGCCAGCCUCACCGGUAUGUGAUUGGGAUGGCCGCGACAUUGGCAAUUGCCGGCCGAUAUACAAGCACGGUCAGAUUUAUGCGUUGGCGCAACUUUAUAUGCUUUCCUGGCCGUAUGGCGCAGAGAAGAGAGCAGGGGUUCGGCUUAUGUCCUCAUACGGCUUCAAGGAGUUCAAUGAGGGGCCUCCUGGCGUCGGCAAAGACUCUUUGCGCGAUCAGACAACAUCGCCAGUUGUUUGCAAGAAGACUCCCACAGUGUCUCCCGUGACGCAAGCGUAUGACCAGGACAAGGAUUCACCUUGGGUGUGCGAGCACCGUUGGAAAGGUGUGUCUGGUGCCAUCCGCUUCCGCCAGUUCUCGAACAGUUCCGAACCAGCUCACGCACUCUGGGACGAUGGAGCGGGUCACAUCGGCUUCAGUCUUGGAAAGGUGGGCUUUGCUGCCUUCAGCCGUGGUUACAACUCGUACACGAAGCAAGGAAGCGAUCGAUCGAUAUCACUGGCAGGCAAAAUGACUGGUAUGCCUGAAGGGUGCUACUGCAACCUUGCUGAGGAGACUGCGGCUGUGCCUGAUGCUCGGGGAUGGAGUGGCAGGUGCGCGGGCGAUAUGAUAGUGAUCGGCAACUCGUCCAAGCUAGUCAAAGCUGUGUUGCCAGCUGGUGGCGCUGUCAUUGCGCACGUGCUGUAUCCCUCUGCUCAGUGCAAUGAUGGGGUGGGAAGCUCUACUUGGGAGCAGGUGGCGAUCUGA